AGGAAACAAAAUGUAUUACCUCUUUGGUCAUGACUUGAGCAACUCUUGUAUGCUCGGCAGGAUGCAUGCCUGUGUCACAGCAACUUGGACAGUUUCAUCAGACCGGUACCAGAGCCAAGAGCCAGCUCUCUCCCCUCCCUUGGUCAUCAGGAUCUCUACUCCUUUGUGCUUCACUGGAAUAGGCACACAUCUGAGCUCUGCAAAAUACUUGUUCAGUACAACCGGAUCUCUUCUAAGUAAGUACCAUCACUGCAUUUUCUUUAUCUUUAAGAAAAUACCUGAGAGCCUUGCCCAGGAAAACUUGCAUAAACUACUUUUUUGGUUCUUUCCUUAAGCCGGCACAAAAUAAAGAGAAAAACAACAAUAUAUUAGACAUUUUAGUUCCAAGAGAAUGCUUCUCAGGUUGAGCAUAUUUGGACUGGCAAGCAACAUAUGAAGCCCGAAGAGAAUAUAAUAUCAUGUACAUGAAACCAGAACAAAGAUAUCCAAGACACUCAAACUCAAGCUUACUUGAAAAGAUGAAUGAACACAAUUAAGGACAAGGGUGAAGAAUCUUACAUGAUGAAGGAAAAACAUACUUUCUGCUAUUUCUGGAAGCAAAGAAGCCAAAUAUUAAAAUUGCUUUUAUGUAAUAUACUUAUAUCCCAAAAGCUUUCUAAAGUAUCAAACUAGAUCUAUUAUAUAAAGUACUGAUGCCACAAUCAACCAUUAUCAUCACCACCUUUUCCGAAGCGUACUAUUCAAAUUCAAAUUCGAAGGACUUUUCUUGUACUUGGCAAUUUAUCUUGCUGAUAUUUCAUGGCUGAGCAAAGGCAACCAUUCCGCUUUAGGCUCCCCUGGUUAACAGCACCUCGGCCAGCACCUGCUGCUCCUCGUCCCAGCCAAGUGACAAAAGCACCAUCUCAAUCACCAGCACAGCGUCCCCCUUUCCGUCCAGCAGGAGUGGCCCCAGUGCAGUCCCCACUACCAGCAGCACCACCAGCAAGGGCUGAGCCCCCAUCACCCUCAGGAUCAUCUCAAGGCACGUCUAAACCAGCUCAGCAGCCCCUGGAGGACCCACUGCCCCAAGGCCCACCAGCAUCACCAUCAAAAACUGUUCCUCAGAUUCAAGUUACCUCCCGUCCGACUUCACCUGAACAGGUAAGUUCCAAACCCCAACAAGCAACAAAGGCACUGCCACAAUCCCCAUCUCCAACACGAGGAGGUGGCCAGCCAACUAGGCCAAAAGCCACAACACCACCACCUCCAACACUGCCUCAAGCAAAGCCCCCAUCCCCAACUAAGAAACAACCAACUACCACAACUGAGAUUUCUCAAAAUCCAAAAGCACUGAGAAAGCAAGAAACUUCCAAAACAUCUUCAAAUGAGCUCGUCACAGUAUCUCCACCUAAUGAGCCAAAAAAACAACUAGCUUCUGAAGAGCCUAAAAUAAAGGCAUCUACCAAACUUGUAGCAGAAGUUUCUAGCCCAAAACAAGAGCCCAAACUACAAACAGUAAAAGAAAUGUAUACAUCCUACAACGAACCUAAACAGAUACUUAAGCGCAAUCAUGACGACCCCAAGAACGAAGCAGUUAUUGACAGAGAAGUUAUAGGCUCAAAAGGACAAACUAAGGCACAUCCACUUGCAGAUCUGGACGAGAAGGGACAACAGUCAGAGAAAGAAGUUUUCGACAUAAAAGAGGUCUUCAAGAAAUUUGAAAAUGGAGGACGUGAUUCUGAAAUUGAGAUCCGUGGUCAUGAAAGAGUCGAUAGAUUUUCUCAUAAGCAUGCAAAUGUAGGAGGACAGAAGGCUCCUUCCCACAAAGACAUCAAGGAAAACUUGCAGAAGUUCGUUCACAAGCAAGGUGCUCAGCGAGAGAAACAUCACUUCAAUGAGAAGCCAUUAAGUGUUGUCACUCUUACAGGGGUGAACAUUGGAGCAACCAUGCACCUUAACUCUGAGUCCUUGCACAAAGAAAGGCCUGUUCACAUUCACAGGGGAUACAAGCUUAAUCCAGACAAGAACGCGGAAACAAACACUGAUGAUGAGGGAACUUCCAGAAAGAGCAAAUCUGGAGACAACAAUUUCCAAGAGGAUUUAACAACUAAGUCAUAUAUCAACAAUAAUGCACAAGGAAUAAAUAACUCACUAGUCUUCAACAGUAAUGUGAAAGAAAGAAACCCUGGCGUCCAUGUGGUUCUCUCUCGUAACCCAGCAGAAUCUAUAAAGCCAGGAAAAGAGAGGAGAAUGCUUGACACACACAAGGCUGAAGUCACCAGCAUCCCAUCUGAAAAACUUGCAUAUGCACCAAGCAUCAGAAGAAGAUGUCUACGAGGCCUCUUCUUGGAGUCGAGUGACUCUGAUCCUGAAAAACCUCGUCGCCAUGGUUGUCGAGUUGGAUGCACACAAAAGAGUAAAGAUGGCACAAUUGAUGUUCUGUAAAAAAAACAUGUUAACUACAUAAUCAAGAUUAUAGGUGCUACUUGCCAAUAGCACUAGGAAACUCUGUUCAUGUGAUGUGUAAUCUAACAUAUGAUUCAUUAUGAAAUACAAUCUCUUGUAAAGAAAUUGCAUAAAUAUUCUGUGAAAAUGCAAUGUAAAAGAGAGCUUAAUACUAAUCAAAUGUCAUAACAUAGAUUUCUUAUCCUAAAACAAUGAGUCUACAACAGGAGGUAAUCAAUUCAACGACUACCCCAUAAAUACUCUAGAAGAAUCAACUUAGGCAUCAGUCUACAACACGAGCUGAUUCUCCUCGACCUUACAGAAAAACUAAACCAUCUUAUCUACAUGUAAUGCUUGUGUUAAAA